AAAAAAGCCGUUGCCUUGUCUGCAAUGGCGUGUGGGCUUUUCCAACGAGCGGCCACUCCCCCUCCCCUUGCUCUCCUCCCUAGGGCUGCUAGAGCCCCCCGCCACCUCCCCCAACCCUAUCUCCGCUCGAGCCCAGACGCCCGCCGCGAUGGGCUCCUCCUCCUCGCCGUCUCCGCCUCCGCCCCCCAUGAUCGGGAGGGCCGGCAACCUCACCGUCUUCAUCACGCCGCCGUCGCCGGUCAGCACUCCGCGGGGCUCCACACGCCCGCCGCCCGAGUCCCCGCGGUCGGAUUUCUCCACCCCGACCCCGCACAAGGUUUCUCCGCCGCCGGCGUCUCCCUCGCCGUCACCAUCGCCCAAGAAGUCCGCGACCCCGCCCACGGCGCCGGUGGUCUUCACCCCGCGCCCGCCGCCCGUGAAGGUGCCGCCGCCCCCGGUACAGGUGCCGCCGCCGCAGUACGAGAAGGCGUCCGCAGGGGGCAAGCACGACGGAUCGGCUUUCGGCUUCUUCUGGGACGCCGUCGCGCGCGUGCAGGAAGCGCACGCGAGCCUCGACGAGUACGUGGCGAACUGGUUCGGGUUGGAUCAGUCCAAGUACCAGUGGGCGCUCAACGACUACUACGAGGCCACCGGAAAGGAAGCUGAUUGUGUAAAACCUGGCAAGCCAAAGGAGGUUACUGCUAAAGUGCAGAAAGUUUGAAAGGUCUGUUUCUUCAGCAACUUCGUUUUGGGUUGAUGUGUAGCUAAGCCUAUGUAUUCAGAAGUUCCAAUUGAUAUAUUUUGGGGGCCUGAUAGGUGCUUGUUCUCUUCUCUCUUGAACUGCAUGCUUAUCGCCGGACGUGUCAAGACCGCAGUCAAAUCGUGGAGACCGGAGCGGCUAAGUCGUUUUGUUUGCGCCUUUCAAAAUCUGCUGUAAUCCUAAAGUUAUAUCAGACACAAUCGCGUAUUUGCAAUGGUUAAUAGUAUUCCCAGCUGCCUGACGGUGUUACCAGUGAAGUGUCUUGCUCAGUGUUUUCAAUGGCUAAAUAGUAUUUUCGAUAAAUGAAGGUUUAUCCUGUAACAAGGAUAUAUAACAGUGUUUACUAGAGCUCCCUCUC